AUGGCGCGGAUUGUCGCUGUUUUUCUCGCUCUCGGGCUCGUUGAGGGCAACGAUUGGCCCAACAUCGCGGGCUACACCCCCGGCUCGGACGUGACCAAGCACGCCAACCUCGACCUCGACCAGCGGGCGCGGGCCUCGAUUUCACCACACCACGCACCUGCCACGGCCUGUAUAUGUCAGCGUCACCGAGCCCGAGCCUCCUCCCCCUCCUCGCACCAGGCGCUGGUGCAGGCGCUCAAGGGCGGCACUCCGAACUGGGAACUGGCGAACCACUCCUACGCCUUCGGCAAUUUUUCGCUGUCGGGCAAGGCCCCCAACGGGCUCCGCACCAUGAAGGGCUUCUCCACCGGCGCCGAGGGCAAGAUGUACAACGGCUGCGACGGCUGCCCGUACAAGACCUUCUCGGUCUUCUACGACUACUACGAGGACUUUGACUAUGCGGACAAGUGGGUGAGCGCCGCCCUCGACGGCACCAACAUGACCUUCAGCAGCGGGCGGCACGGCCCGAACGACUUCGCCACGCUCGGCGACGCCGCGCGGAUCGAGGCGGUCAAGAAGGGGACGGCGUACAUGAACGUGUGGAUGUACGUGAUCCGCGAGUUUGAGGACGCGAUCGACGACUGCGAGACCUGCGUGAACGGUCUGAACUGCAACGAGUUCUCGGACUCCCUCUCUACGGACAGCCCUCAGUACAAUGCGGUGCACGCGUGGGACGAGGGCGUCGCCUUCUACGCCGGCUCGCUCGAGGGCCCGAACGUGGGCGGCAGCUCGGCCGGCGAGAUGGUUUACCGGCUCGCGGAGAAGCGGUGCGCCAACUUUGGCACCUGCGAGUCGGGGGAGACGGGGCUGUCGAACGUCAACAAAAAGUUGCUCGCGGACUUCAUCGCGGGCGAGGCGCUCCUCAUGAAGGGCCUCUGCCACGCCGUGCGCCCCAUCGUCGACAGGAUCAUCAAGCAGAUGACGGUGCCGCUCGUGCAGGGCUCGCUCCGCUACGCGUACAAGGUCGGCAUGGCGCCGGAAGCCACCGAUCGGUCGCAGAAGAACGCGGCGGAGGGCGCCGUCUUCACGGCGGCCGUGCUGCCCCUCGUCCACGAGUGCAACGUCGCCGCCGCCAAGACCAUCAGCGACGAGAUGAAGUUCGGCCUGUACGACCAGGGCGUCUUCCCCGACUUUGCGGCGGUCAAGGCCGCCUUCGAGAGCACCUACGACUGCCUCGGCAUCACGUGCGCCGACGUGGGCGGCCUCUCGGAUACCGGCGUGGCGGCGCCCUGCAGCGAAACGAGCCCUUGGCCCGACAUCGCGGGCUACACCCCCGGCUCGGACGUGACCAAGCACGCCAACCUCGACCUCGACCAGCAGGCACUGGUGCAGGCGCUCAAGGGCGGAACUCCGAACUGGGAGCUGGCCGAGGACUGGUACGCCGUCGGCGGGUACUCGCUGUCGGGCAAGGCCCCCAACGGGUUCCGCACCAUGAAGGGCUUCUCCACCGGCGCCGAGGGCAAGAUGUACAACGGCAACAACUGCGCCGGCUGCCCGUACAAGACCUUCUCGGUCUUCUACGACUACUACGAGGACUUUGACUAUGCGGACAAGUGGGUGAGCGCCGCCCUCGACGGCACCAACAUGACCUUCAGCAGCGGGCGGCACGGCCCGAACGACUUCGCCACGCUCGGCGACGCCGCGCGGAUCGAGGCGGUCAAGAAGGGGACGGCGUACAUGAACGUGUGGAUGUACGUGAUCCGCGAGUUUGAGGACGCGAUCGACGACUGCGAGACCUGCGUGAACGGUCUGAACUGCAACGAGUUCUCGGACUCGGACAGCGGUCUGUACAAUGCGGUGCACGCGUGGGACGAGGGCGUCGCCUUCUACGCCGGCUCGCUCGAGGGCCCGAACGUGGGCGGCAGCUCGGCCGGCGAGAUGGUUUACCGGCUCGCGGAGAAGCGGUGCGCCAACUUUGGCACCUGCGAGUCGGGGGAGACGGGGCUGUCGAACGUCAACAAAAAGUUGCUCGCGGACUUCAUCGUGGGCGAGGCGCUCCUCAAGAAGGGCCUCUGCCACGCCGUGCGCCCCAUCGUCGACAGGAUCAUCAAGCAGAUGACGGUGCCGCUCGUGCAGGGCUCGCUCCGCUACGCGUACAAGGUCGGCAUGGCGCCGGAAGCCACCGAUCGGUCGCAGAAGAACGCGGCGGAGGGCGCCGUCUUCACGGCGGCCGUGCUGCCCCUCGUCCACGAGUGCAACGUCGCCGCCGCCAAGACCAUCAGCGACGAGAUGAAGUUCGGCCUGUACGACCAGGGCGUCUUCCCCGACUUUGCGGCGGUCAAGGCCGCCUUCGAGAGCACCUACGACUGCCUCGGCAUCACGUGCGCCGACGUGGGCGGCCUCUCGGAUACCGGCGUGGCGACGGCCUGCCAGGAUGCCGUUCCCGACGGAGACGACGACGACGACGGCGGCAACACCGGCGCCAUCAUCGGGGCUGUCAUCGGCGGGGUCGCACUUGGCGUGCUCAUUGGCGCCGUCAUCUUCCUUCGCUGCCGCAAGGCCAGGCUCGCCAGUCCGGUCCCGGUCGACAUGAUGGCGCCGAAGGAGGGCAGCUCCGAGCUGGGCUGCGAGCAAGCCUGA